AUGGACUUUAGAAGAAACUCAUACUGGGCUGAGUCAAUUUCUUCAAUUAUGAAAAAAACUGAAGUAAAUCUCAAUCGACUCCAGAAGCCUAUAAAUAACUACUUAGAUCGCCCUUCAACUUCAGUGGUUUAUCCCAGGAAUACAGAUAUGGGCUAUGACUAUCAGCCACGAACCAAAUCCGCCUAUGAUGCAGAUGAUAUUCAAUCUUCCAACAAAAUAGACUCUUCAGCUAUCAAAUCUUUAGUAGAAAGGUUGAUAUCUGACAAACUGAGGCACCAAAAGCAAGCAAUUAAUAUGUUAAGUGAAAGAGUUACGGCUUUAGAAAAUCACUCUGAAUCUUCACAUGAAAAAGAUUAUUCACAAAGACCGACAUCAGGAAGUGAUAGUAAGUUUUUAUCUGAGCUGAAAAGAGUUGAAAAAAAUUAUAGAUCUUUACCUUCAAUUGCCUAUUUGGAGUGGCCAUAAAUAAUAGCCUAAAGUAAGUAAUAUAGGGUUAUGGGCUACUUAUUCCCCCCCACCUCCUUGAGCGAAAAACCAUUGGAAAAAAAAUUUAUAAAAAAUAUUUUAGUAUAUAAAGUUAUAAUUUUAUAUAAAGAAAUCUCUAGCUGAUUCUGCUGAAUAUUAAAUAGCUUGCAUUUUUAAAAUAUAAAUUUACAAAUUAAAUUUAAUUUUUGAUUUCCAUUUUUUUCGAAUUGAGAUUUUUUUUAAAGUUCUUUAAAAUAAAAUUAGCCCGUGGCAAGUCAGUUUAAACAAUUUUAUGCAAAACUGCAUACAAGAACUUCAUUACAGCAGAAGAUUUAAAGAUUUCAGAAGAAACUAUAAAAAAUACUAAUAUAAAGCUAUUCGGACAAUUGGAAGCUGAUAUGAGAGAUUUAAGGAACAAAAAUGAAUCUUCUAUAGAAGAAAUCUAUAAUACAAUUGAAAAUAAGCUUAAAGAAAUAAUGAAAAAAAACGCAAUUAAUAGAGAUUUAGAUGAUCUAAAAAGCGAAAUUAUCCAAGAAUCAGAAAAUAAAAUAAAACGGAGCCAAGAUAAAAUUAAUGUUCAAUUUGAAGAUUUUUCCAGCUCGAUUUUAAAAAAACAAAGGGAUCUUGAAAAAAAAAUUGAAGAAUUAUACUCAAAUUUUGCAAGUUUCCAAGAAAAUCAUGACUCUUACGUAAAAGAAAUUUCAAAAAAUAUGAACAACAAUAGAGAAAAUAUAUUGGUGAGCUUUGAAAGUUUUCAAACUGAUAUAAAAGAAAAAAAUGCAAACAUAUUUAGUAAAAUUGAUAAAGAUAUCGAAAAUUUGAAGAAAUAUGCUGACAACUUGUCUGUAAAAAACAAAGAAUCUUUAUCAGAAAUAAGUGAAGAAAUUGAAAAUGUCCGCCAGGCUAUUUCAAAAGAUAUAAACAAAGUUAAAGUUGAUUUAGAAAAAUUUAAAACUUCGAGCAAUGAAAAUGUUGAAAAUGAGGUAGAGCAAAUCACCAGAAAAAUUGAAGAGUAUAGGCUCGCUAUAAAAUCUAUAAAUUCAUCAAAUUUAGUAUCAAAGAUUGAACUAAAUGAUGCUAUUUCGAAUGUUACUGACAAGAUAAACCAAUUGAGGUCUGCUAAUUCUCAAAAGCAGGAUUCUAAGAUGUUUGCUACAAAGCUAGAGUUAGAAGCAGCUAUAAGUGAAAUCAAAGAAAAUGCUGCAAGAAGUCCACAGAAAAAAAUCCAAAAUCCUAAUCAAGAUUUUUCUAAUUUUGUGACUAAAGAGGAGCUCGCAGAAUCAAUACAAUUAUUGGAAUCGAAAAAAAAUAUAGAGCCUCUAAUUGAAAAUCCAAAUUUUGUUACCAAAAAUGAGCUUAAUCAGGUUAAAUUGGACUUACAGAAAGAAAUUAAGUCUCAAGACAACAAAAAUUAUAUAACAAGAGAAGAGUUUGUAGAAAUUGAAGAAGCCAUUAAAUCUCAAGAAAUAGAUUCUUCAAAGUAUGCAACAAAAGAGGACCUAUCAGAAAUUCAAGAAGAAUUGGAUGAAUUUGACAUUACAAGACAUGCGACCAAAGAAGAGCUUUAUGAAAUUAAGAAAAACAUAAUUCAAUCGCAAAGUCAAAGCCUAGAUAAAGUCAAUAAGCAAUACAAUGAAUUUUCUUCGUCUAUGAAACAAGAGAUUAGCAAUCUUGAGAAAAAAAUAAAUGAAAUGAAAGAAGGGAUCGAUUUAGAUACAGCUCAUGCACCUUUAUGGAUCGACCUCAUUUGAAUAUUUAACUGUUCUAAUCGACUUAAUAUCUUGUACAUCUUAGACUAGAUCCCUCAUUAUUUAGAGAAAUAUUCAGAUUUUUAAAAAAAUCCUUAGUUUUAAACUAGUUCAAUAUAGUUUUACAUAAUUGUUUUUUAAUGAUUUUGAAAAUUUUCUUUAAAUUAGCGUAAGGUUUGGUAAAAUGUUGUCAUGAUAUUUUUUGCAAUUAUAGUCAAGUAGGACGAACGGCACGGGAGUUUUUUGGCUUGCCGGCAAGCCAAAACCCCCCGUGCUGUUCAUCCUACUUGACUAUAAAAUAUUUCUUCUUUCCUGAUGCUUGAAAAAUAACAAUUUCGCGGUAAAAUGUUUUGGCCCAAAUGUGGGAGUUAAAAAUGGCUAGUCAAUAAAUUUUUGACAAGUGUGAACCAUUUUGACAAUUAAACAAGCCAAUUUUUAAAAUAUCUUUAUUAUAUAAUUUAGAUAGGAUUUUAAAUUAAAAAAAUGGGUAUUUUGACUUUAAAAAAAAAUGGCAGUAACUUAUAAUGAGUAUUUGAAAAAAUGUUACCCUCAUGGAGCAAGCUCCUAUGAAGAAUUAUAGUUUGAUUAAAUGCAAAGCUUCAUCAUUUAAUAUGAAUUUUAAUUUACCUAAUGAAAUUGUUUUGCUAGAUGUCAAUUUGGAAAUCACGUGCUCAAUUUCAGUUUUUUAAAAAUAUGUUUUACUUCAAAACUUAUAGUGACUAUUGGUAUAAAUGUCACCCUUCAUAGUGCAAGUUCCUAUAAGAAAUAAUAAUAAUAAUAAUAUGAAAUAAAUACAAAGCCUAAUAAUUUGAGCUGAAUUAUCAUUUCUAUCAAAGAGCUUUUAUUUACUCAAUAUCUAGUCAAGCACAGAUGUCAACCCCCCCACCCCCACCCCCCCACCCCUACCCCCACCCCCCCCAUGCAUGGAUCCCACCCCCACCCCCCUAGUAUAUAUAGAUCACACCCCCCACCCCCUAUGUUAAUAGAUCCCACCCCCACCCCCUCUACCCCCCCACCCCCUCUAUCAUAUAGGUAAACAUAUAAGUAUCAAAUCUUACAAAUAAGAGAUACAAGAAAAUUUUAGUUAAUUCAUAAAUGGAUUCAUAAAUAGAUUCAUAAAUAAAUAUUAAUGAUCAUAAGUAUAUUUAGCAUAGACUGAUAUAGCCAAUAUAUUAGUAAUACAUUUAAAAUAAAAUAAUUGCAAAAAAAUUGUUACAUAGAAAGGAAUCAAUAAAUGACUCAAAAAAUAUUUUGAUAUCUCUUAUAAAGUCUUUUACUACCCCCAUUUAAUAACGAACACUUUUUUGUUCCUUAUGAAAUGGGGUCUAACAUAUAAAAUUUUUGGGAAAAAAAUAUAUAAAAAUUAUAUUAAAUAUCUAUGAUUUUUUUAUAUAUAAAAUAAUAAUAAAAAAAUCAAAUGAUGACAACAUAAAGAUAAAGCACCUGAAUUCUAUAAAUUUAAAAAAAAAUAAUCUCCUUCAUGAGCAAACGAUAUUUUUUGUUCACUUACGGAGGGGGAGUAAAGCACCAUCUUAAGAUUAAGCCACUAUUAGCUCUUAUUUAUUAUUCUUUGCUCGAUUAUGCUUGUCUUUAUCUUACUCUAACUACUUAAAAUUAAUAAACUGUAAAGACUAAAUUAGCUUAUAUAAAUUUUAUAGUAAAUUUUGUUCGUUAUUAAAUGGCCUAAGGAAAAAUUUUUAGAAAAAAAAAUGACGGUUUUGUUCGUUAUUAAUGGCGGGGUGUAGCUAGCCUGCAUUCUUUGGAAAGUUUUGACCUUUAUAUGAUUUUAAAACACGAGGUAUGUACUUCAAAGUUCAUUGAAAAUAUGCUUCCUUGUUAGCACACUGUAUCCGAUUUUGUUUUUAUCCCUAUGACUUUGAAUUUUUUAUGCUGUGAGCAAUUAAUAUGUUUUAAUUGCCUUUAAUACAGUUUACAUUAUAUAGGGGGGUGGGGGUGGGGGUGGCAUCUAUUUAAUGGAUGGGGGUGUGGGUGGGAUCCAUAGAUGCAAGGGGGGUGGGGGUGUGAUCCAUACAGGGGUGGGGGUGUGAUCCAUACAGGGGGUGGGGGUGUGAUCCAUACAGGGGUGGGGGUGUGUGAUGUAUACAUCCAAACUGGGGGGGGUGGGGGGGUUGGCAUCUGUGCUUGACCAAAUAUCAACUUGGAGAUUACGUGCUCAUAUUCAAAUUUUUCAAUUAAUAUACUUUGAAUUUAAAUAUUAUUUUUAUUAGUUAAAUUAAUUUUAAGUUAAAAUUAAAUGGGCCAGCCAUUUUUUUCCCAAAUCAUAUCUUAAUAAAAAUUAAUUUUAAUAAAUAAAGAUAUUAUAUAAAUUGAAUCGUUUAAUUGCCAAAAAUGGUUCACACUUAUCAAAUAUUUUUUGACUUGUUGUUUUUAAUUUCCAUAAUUGGGCCAAAUCAUUUUACCGCGAAAAUCAUAUUUUUCAAACAUCAAGAGAUAAUAACUAUUUUAAUUGCAAAAUACGAUUUGGCUCCAUUUCGCCAAACCUUAUGCCGAUUUUUUAAAAAUUUUCAAAAUGUUUAAAAACCAAUAAUAUAAAAACUAUAUUGAAUUAGUUUAAAACUAGGGAUUUUUUUAUUAUAAUCUCAAUAUUUCUCUAAAUAGUGAGGGGGUUAUUCUAAGAUGCACAAGAUAUGAAGUCUCUUAGAGCGGUUGCAUUUUCAAUGAGGCUGAUCCAUAAAGGUUCACAAGCUAUAUGUAUGAUUCUCAAAAAGAUAUUGCAUCAAAAUUGCAAAAGAAAAUUGAUGAACUCCAGAAUGAAGAACCUAAAAGCCAGGCCCAUGAUUUAUCAAAUUUUGCAACAAAAGACGAGCUUAAUGCAGUAAACAAUGACAUUCAGGGGAAAUUAGUAGAUGGCUUAAAAGGAAUUGAUUCAAGGUUAGAUAAUUAUGCAAUAAAAAAAGAAAUUGAUGAGAUCAUUGCUGAGAUUCAGCAGAAACAAGAGAACAAUAAGCUUCCACCUUUAGAUCUUUCUAAUUAUGUGACCAGAGAAGAGCUUCAGAAAUCAAUGUCAGAGCAUGAGGAAAGGAAAAUAGUAAAAGAAGAAGCACCAAGCCAACAAUUUUAUUUAGAUUCUGAUAAAUAUAUCAGUAAAGAAGAAUUUGAAGAAAAAAUUGUUACUAAUGAUUCAAAAAAUGCUCAAAAAUAUGCCACAAAAGAAGAAUUACAUCAAGCAAAGCUGGAACUUGAAAGGAGCAUUAAUACAGCAAAUUUUGAACCAAGUCUGCCUCAAAUGGAUUUAGAAAACUAUGCAUCAAAAGAAGACAUCAACGAAAUUAAGGAAGAAUUUGAAGAAAAGAUAGCAGAAAAUAGAAAUCAUUGUAAUAAAAUUGAUCAAGCCUUAUUAAAUUAUAAUACAAAACAAGAAAUAAAUGCUAUCAAAUCUGAAAUAGAAAAUAAAAUGCUCGAAAUUUCAAACAGUGCUUAUCUUAAAAAAAAUGAGCAAGAUAUUGAUAACAAGAAAUUUGAGGAUUUUAAACAAGAAAUAAUAAUAAUUCUGGAAAAAGACCUGGAAAGCUUAAAACAAGAAUUGCGCCAAGAAAUUUCUGAACAAAUGAAAACAGUUGACAUAUCAGCUUUUGUGAAGCAAGAAGAAUUAAUUCUUUUUAAAGCUGAAAUUGAAAAAGAGCAUGCUAUUGAACUUGACACUAUUAAAACCCAAUCAUAUUUCAAUAGUUUUGUAGCUAAAAAAGAGUUUGAUGAAAAAAAAUUCGAAAUUAUCAGCUCUAUCCAAGAAAAUCUACAAAUAUAUGCUGAAAAAAAAGACAUUGAAAAUUUCCUCACAAAAGAUAAUAUAAACAUCAUAAUUGAUGAAAAACUCAAAGAAAUCUUAAAUAAGCUGAUAAACAUUGAAGGGAGUGUUGAAGAGCAAGCUCAAUUAUUUGAAAACAGGAUAUCCAGACUAGAAAGUAAUAAGGGAAAUUAUAUAGCAGAAGAAGAAUAUUUUAAGCCUGUCAAGCAGCCUAUACCAGUCCAUCAUGAGCCACCUAAAGAAAAAGAGCCUGUGGUAGUCUCACAAUUAAUUGAGUUUGAGACCCCAUCACCAAUCAUAAACAUUGAAGCUGAAAUUCCAGUCAUAGACCAGCCAAUUUUUAAUGUAAAAUUAGCAAGACCAAGCCAAGACGAUAUUUUAAUAAUAGGGUCUGAAGAAAAAUUCACCCAAUCACAACCUAAGAUUUUCCAAAAUAGAUCUCCAAAUGAAAAAUCACAAAAAAGUGAAAUCUAUGUGAUGAGCGAAGAUGAAAUUGACUUUAAUUUAAGCCCAGAAGGACUAGGAGGGACUGGGAACGUAAAACAAUCAGAAGAGGACGAAUCCUCUUACGAUUCUUAUCCUAGUGACUCCUCUAAAGAGUUUUAUCCCUCUAACAGAUCAGGUGAUGAGAAAAUAAAAGACGAAGACUUCCCAGAGGUAGAAAUUAUUGAUUUCAGCAUGAAUAAAUUCUCUUCUAUUGAUGAUAUUGAUUUACCUGGCAUUUCUAGUCCUACUGAAAAUAAAAAAAUUGAAACCACCCCAAAUGAUCCAAAUUUAUCGAACCGCUCAAACUUCUUAAAUAAAUUUGCGGUGCUAUUGAGCACUAAAUUUAUAGAGGGAGAAGUAGAAAAAACUUUUGAAAUUGCAGAGUCUGUGGUUAGAAGAAAUAAAGGGAAAAAAGUUUAA